AUGUCAAAAGCCAUCUCAUCCUCCUCCACUCUCCUCACACAUCUCUUCCAAGACCUCGCCGGCACCUGGCUGCUCCACCGUAAGUUACAAAGCGGCAACCCUUCGGAACCAUCGGGGCGCUGCUCAGGCACGGCGACAUUCACAAAAACCCCUUCUCCGUCACCUGUGCUCGACGCCGAUGGGAAACUUAACAUUGCCGAUGCAGAGCUCCUGUACCAUGAGCAAGGCGACUUUGAGAUGAUGAAGGCCGUUGGCAACAAUUUGGCCAGUGUGCCCACCUUCACCUUCUCGAGGAAAUACAUCUGGCGUCUGUCAAGGGCUGAGAAUGCCUACACCAUCAGCAUCUGGUUUACCAAGCCAGGCACCGAGACCAUUGACUAUCUCUUCCACAAGAUAGACCUUCCUCUCGACCACGACCCAGAUGCGCAGUCGGAACUGAGGCUGGUCCUCAACGGUACAGGAGGCCAUCUCUGCGUGGAGGAUUUUUACACCAGCUCGUACUCGUUCACGAUGAAACGCCCUGAUGCGACUUCGCCGUUUUCUCUGUUCUCCUGGACGACCCUCCAUGAAGUGCUCGGUCCCAAGAAAGAUCAACACAUUGAGACGACUUUCGUCAGACCCUGA